UCUCCGCGCCGUCCUGACGCACACGUGUUCCCGUGUCUCCGGUGUUUUGAUCUCACGGAGCCCCUGAUCUCUUCGAUUAAACGGUCGAUUCCUCAAGAGUCCCGCGCGCAGAUCUCCGCGGGUUGUAGAAGUGAACACAGUAAUGGCCCACAGGAGGAAGAAGCUGACGAAGAGGAGGAAGCACAGAGACCACGAGUCUGAGGAUGAAGAGUUUGAAGUGGCUGCAGGAGUCAAAGAUGACGACGAUACACCCAACAGAAGACUCCCUCGCUUCCCGGCUUCAUCCGAGUGUGUGUCCGACGCGGAGCCGGACACCAGAGAGCUGGUCAGAGCCCAGAACAAGAAGAAGAAGAAGUCCGGCGGCUUUCAGUCCAUGGGUCUCAGCUAUCCGGUGUAUAAAGGCAUCAUGAAGAAGGGCUAUAAGGUCCCCACUCCCAUCCAGAGGAAGACUAUUCCCAUGAUCCUGGAUGGGAAGGAUGUGGUUGCCAUGGCGAGGACGGGAAGCGGGAAAACGGCAGCGUUCCUCAUCCCGAUGUUCGAGAAGCUGAAGGUCGCGCAGGCGCAGACCGGAGUCAGAGCGCUAGUGCUCACGCCAACCAGAGAACUAGCCCUGCAGACCAUGAAGUUCACCAAAGAGCUGGGGAAGUUUACUGGAUUGAAGACGGCGCUGAUUCUCGGUGGAGACAGGAUGGAUGACCAGUUUGCUGCUCUUCAUGAGAAUCCAGACAUCAUCAUUGGGACUCCCGGUCGUCUGAUGCACGUGAUCCAGGAGAUGAACCUGAAGCUCCAGGGUGUGGAGUAUGUGGUGUUUGAUGAAGCCGACAGGCUGUUUGAGAUGGGUUUUGCGGAGCAGCUUUCAGAGAUCAUCAGACGUCUCCCAGACGCUCGACAGACACUGCUGUUCUCCGCCACGCUUCCCAAACUGAUCGUGGAGUUCGCCAGAGCCGGCCUCACAGAGCCGGUCCUCGUUCGUCUGGAUGUGGACACUAAACUCAGUGACCAGCUGAAGCUCUCGUUCUUCCACGUGCGCAUGGACGAUAAACAGGCUCUGCUUCUGCAUUUGCUGAGGAACGUGGUGAAGCCGCAGGAGCAGACGGUGGUGUUCGUCGCCACCAAACAUCACGUGGAGUUUCUGAAAGAGCUCCUGAUGGAGCAGGGCGUGGAGGUCGCCUACAUCUACAGCGCUCUGGACCAGACGGCCCGUAAGAUCAACAUCGGCCGCUUCGUCCACCGGAAAGCCAUGGUUCUGCUGGUCACUGAUGUGGCGGCCCGGGGCAUCGACAUCCCUCUCCUCGACAACGUCAUCAACUUCAACUUCCCGUCCAAGCCCAAGCUCUUCCUGCACAGAGUCGGUCGCGUGGCUCGCGCCGGCAGAGGCGGGACAGCGCUCAGUCUGGUGUGUUCUGAUGAAGUGCCGUUCCUCUACGAUCUGCAUCUGUUCUUGGGUCGACCCAUACAGCUCGCCGUCCCCGAACACACACCAGAUGCGGACGGCGUGUUCGGGCGGGUUCCUCAGAGUGUUCUGGACGAUGAAGAGUCUCAGCUUCAGACGGCGCACGAGAACUCUCUGGAUCUGCAGACUCUACGCCGUGUCUCUGAGAACGCCUACAAGCAGUACCUGAAGUCCCGACCCAGCCCGUCACCCGAGUCCAUCAAGCGCGUCAAGAGCGCAGACCUGUCCAAGAUGGCCGUCCACCCUCUGCUGGGCUCGGGACUGGAGCGGGUGGAGCUGGACCGGCUGCUGAUGGUCGACUCCAUCAAGGGCUACAAGGCUAAAUCUACUAUUUUUGAAAUCAACUCCAGCAACAAAACCAGUGCCAGCGAGGUGAUGCGGGCCAAGCGAUCCCGGGACAGUGUCCUGGUCCACAAGUUCUCCACAGCGCGAGCGGAGCUGAUGGGCCAGGCCCCCGUCGCCAUGGUAACCAAGACAGAACCGCGACCCGACGAGGAGGAAGACGAGAUUCAGACGGUGUUCUCUGAGGUGGUGGGAGGGAAGAAACGAAAGCAAGAUACUGAAACCAGCAGUAAGAAAACAUUACCAGGAAAAGAUGAAGAGUUCUACAUCCCGUACAGACCCAAAGACUUCGACUCAGAGCGAGGGCUGAGUCUCGGGGCGGAUGCGGGCUCGUUCGAGCAUCAGGCCUCCUCUGCAGUUCUGGAUCUGAUGGGUGACGAGAGCAAGUCUUUAAAUCAACACAAGAGCCUGAUGAAGUGGGAUCGCAAGAGGAAGCGCUUCGUUCGUGACACGGGUAAAGACGACAAACACAAGAAGGUCAGGACAGAGAGUGGAACGGUGGUCAGCGGCAAGAAGAAGAAAAAGAACUUUUAUGAAGAAUGGAAGAAGAAGAAUAAGAUGGAUGACCGCGAGUCGGACUCGGAUGGUGAAACUGGAGCGUCGAGAGGGAGGAACUCCGGCGGUCGUGGAGGAAGAGGAGGGGCUUAUGGCCAGUCGAGAGGAAGAGGAGGGGGUUAUGGCCAGUCGGGAGGAAGAGGAGGGGGUUAUGGCCAGUCGGGAGGAAGAGGAGGAGCUCGUGGCCAGUCGGGAGGAAGAGGAGGAGCUCGUGGCCAGUCGGGAGGAAGAGGAGGAGCUCAUGCCGAGAGUGGCUCGCGUGUGCGAUCGGAGCUGAAGAACCGCGAUCAGAUCCUCAAGCUACGCAAGCGUAAAGCGAAACAGCAGUUCCUGCAGAGCGGCGGCAUGAAGAAGUUGCGCGCCAAAGGAAAGCAGCGGCUACAGGAAGUGAUGCGGUCUGGCUUCGGGCGCGGCGGCAACAAGAAGGGAAAGAUGAGGAAGAGACUUUAAUAGAGGAAUCGAUACGAACAAUCACGCUUCCACGGAAAACAAGAUGGACGCCUGAAACUCUUUUACUGAAACGUUUCAUGCUCAUGUUUCUCUUUGUCUGCAUUAAAAGAGAUGUUUUGCUUCAA